AUGCUGUUCGCAAUUACAACAAGUCAGCGGCUUCAGACCCUCAAGGCAUUAUGCAUCAAUAAGAUAAACUUAAAAUCAGACCAGUGUAGUUUUGAAAUUGAUGUGUUGCUGAAAACCUCUCAGCCGGGAAAACAUCUGAACAAAGUGGUGAUAGCAGCUUAUCCGGGUAACAAAAAUUUGUGCCCGGUGCAACACUUGAAGUCCUAUUUGGAAAAAACAUCAACAUUGAGAGGUAAACAUACCCAAUUGUUUGUGAGCUUCCGGAAACCGCACAAUCCUGUUUCAACUGACACUCUUGCGAGGUGGAUUAAAACUGUUAUGCACAAAGCUGGAAUAAACACAGAGAUAUAUGGUGCUCAUAGCACCAGGGCGGCUUCCACUUCAGCAGCACAUAGGAAGCAUAUUGAUACCAACAAAAUCCUUGCUGCCGCAGGGUGGACUAAUGAGACCACCUUUAGUAAGUUCUACAACAAAACUAUUGUUGAUAUGACAAAGAACUAUGGCGAAGACCUAUUGUCUGCCAUCAUGA